GAAAGACCCCAAUUUAGUGCUGGCUGCUUCAUUUUAUAGGCAUCAUUCAAAGAGAGAGACCCUUGAAACUCUUGAAUAAAGAAAGUGUUCUAGGUUUUUCUAACAAAUGUAACAAUUCUUUGAGUGCUCAUAGAGAAAAGGAAGUGUUAAAGAAACAUGAAGAAUUCUCUCCAAAUCAUCUAUGGAACGAUAGAAGGCACAGGUAGUUGCAAAGUCUUUUCAUAAGAUGAGGGGAUUGGUUGAUCGAUACACUCAAUCUUUUGCUUUAACUGUCCAUACUCCAUAGUGUUUCUCUUUCAAUGUUCUUGAAGUGGUUGUUUUUUCAACUCAAUUAUAUAAGUGUGAUGCAGAAGUUAAACUGGUUACAUUAGGAUUUUAUUUAAUCCAAAUGAAAGUAAUUAAAAUGAUACUCUAUCAUUUGUUGGGUUUAUUAGACAUUUUAACUAUCCUCUCAUUGGAGAGGGUAAUUGUCAUUCAUUCAGUAAAAAUGUUCAUCAGUACUCUGCCAGCACUACAACCUCACACUCGCCAACUAAUCUCUCAUCCAUAUAUGGUAAACCAGUUCUCGGUUAGAAAUAUCACAAACACGCAUAAAAAUAAGAUAUUUUCUUUCUAUCUUGAGAGUAUUGAGCAGAGAAUAAGUGCAAACAGAAAUCUGUAUCCCACUAAUCGAGACAACAGGACAAGACAGGUUGACUGGCUGUUGUGAAGAGAAAUACGGUUUCUGGUUUGGUAUCAUCAUAGACGUGAUUUUUCCUGGCCUGAAUAUGAACAAGGACCCAAGGUUCCAGGAGCGGUGGGAAUUUAGGAGGAGAGAUGAUGAGUUUAAUUCUUCCAGUGAUGACUCCAAAUCAAGCUCCAGUUGUGAUGCACGUAGAAUGAAACAGAAUUUACUUCCCAGAAUUAUUUUGUCUCAGGAGAGGAAUCUACUUGAUAGUAAUUCGGAUGUUAAUUUUCGAUGCAUGGAAGCUACAGAAAAACACAUUGGAUCAAGCAAUCAUUGUAGAGCUAUCAAGAAUGUGAAAAGGAGAGAUCCUGUCAAACACAGCCCGAAGAAGCAGAAGAGUAGCGCCAUGGAGAGUGCAUUAUGGGAUGAUCUCAAGACUUUCCGAGAGUCGGUUGUGGGGGAACUCAAGGUUGCUAGAGAGACUAUGUUCACACAGAUGAAAGAUGACAUGACAAAACUGAGCCCUCAGAAACCAGCUCCCACGCCCCGAAGGAAAGUACAAAAUACUGUAAAAAGACAGUCUAAGAACAAAAGUGAACCAUCCAGGAGAAAUCGCAGUCACUCUUGCAAACCAGCGGUUAGGUCUCUGGAGAAGAAACUGGAUCUUGAUUCUACCAAUUGUUCUACAAUCUGCAUAGAGCAAGUAAACAUUGAUCAAUCGUUGAAGAAGCCAAAUUGUUUAGUCAAUGAUUCAUAUCCAGCUUUGCCUACUGUCUUGACAAAAGCGCUGGUCGAAAAUCUGAACAACACGGUCCCUUUGAGGAAUCAAAUUCAACCAACCGUGAUCACGGCUAACAAAGACUCAAUCAUACAAAAGCAAAGUUUGGGCAUUAAUGCAAACAAUCAUAUUGGUUACAUUCUUGGCAGCCAGGAGGAGGAACCAUCUGGGACUGGAAGUUUUACCCACAUUAACUCCAAAAGUCUUUGCCUUUAUGAUCAAAGCAGCAUGAACAUGGCAUUCCAGGUACCACCCCUCCAUAUGCUGUAUAAUACUUCCAACAUUUCAAGUCAAGCCAUUCCCGAGAACACUUUCCAAGGGAAUAACAGAUUAGUCCUGGGGACGAACAGUGGAACUCUAAGCUUCUCUGGGGGAAAUCUUGCUCUUGCAGAAUGCUUUAUCUCUAAUAGUGCGGGCAGCCAUAUGGCUUACAGAAGAAACAGGGGGCUAGUAUCAUUUAGAUGUCAAAAUUACAAAGAAAACCAUGUUUUACAAAAUAGUUUGGAGAAAGAUUAGGAAAUGCUUUUACUGUGGAAGUGAACUGAGAAGAACAUGGGAAGAUUGAUUAGUUAUGUGGUUUCUGCUCUUUAUUCUGCAUUGUGGAAUUGCCUCAUAUUUUGCUGUCAAAUACUCAUCCUGAUGCAAUGUAUAUCAGAUGUUAGAUCUUUUCAUAGAGCCAAAUAAAUAUCAUGAGAAUGAAAUUAGUAUUGGUAGUCAGCUUUUUUGGUCCAUUCCGGCUUAAUAUAAUAUUUAUUAGAUUCUUGAGUUA